AUGCAACAGCAGUUUCCUGUAGCUUCUUGCUCAAAAAGUACCGACGAUGCGGUGGACCCAGCCAUAAAAGAUUGUAAUCUUUUCUACACUGCAAGCGUGCAUUUCCUCAAAAAACGCCUAGAAGAAAAAGCGCAAACUGAACAGGGAACGCAAAGUUGUUGUGAUUUCACUUCACAUUUGAAGGAAUCUUUAUCGUUCGACCAAAUCUUGCCCUAUCCGAAGCCAAGAAAGGGAAUUUUUUCACGUGUAAUGGGCGUAUUUCGUAAAUAUAAACGCGAUGUAUCUAAAGCAAAUUUUAAUUCAACAUGUGAAUGUACGGGUCAUUCAUCCUUGGUGCCAAUAGAAGAGGAAUCUGACGAAAGUGUCAAGACUGGCGCGCGAAGUCAUAAUGAUAUCACAGGAUAUAUCAAGCGUGUGAAUAGAUGA